GGACUCGGCAAGCAGGCAAGCGCGCGCGCGUUCGGUUCCACCGCAGCGUCUCGCGCGCAACACUUCUCGGUCGUACUGACGCUCCGCGCGGGGAGGAGCGCGCGCUACCAGGGUAAAGAGAAGAAAAGAAAAUGACCACAGAGAAAGGUCCUGGGUCAGAGGUGAAGAAGGCAGCAGAGGAACCAUCCCAACAGAAAGUAUCUGCAGGCAACAUGAAUGAGUCUUCCUCAGAUGGCAAAAUGGCUAAACAGGAGCAAGAUGGCAAACGCUCAGAUGAUCACAAAGAUCCAGAUGAUGAUUCUGAACUAACGACACCAGGCAAAAGCCCCAAAUCGCCGCAGAAAUCGUCCAAGCGUUUGAAAACUGUCCCCUUCAAGGUCACUCUCCUGGACAGCUCUGAUUACGAAGCUGGUAUUGAGAAGCACUGCAGGGGUCAGGCGCUGCUGGAUCUGGUGUGCGAACAUCUCAACCUACUCGAGAAGGACUACUUCGGCUUGACCUUCAGCGAUUCAGACAGCCAGAAGAAUUGGCUGGACCCCUCCAAGGAGAUCAAGAAGCAAAUGCGAAUGUCUCCUUGGCAUUUUGCUUUCGCUGUCAAAUUCUACCCUCCAGACCCAUCUCAGCUCAUGGAGGAUAUCACGAGGUACUACUUGUGCCUUCAGCUGCGUGAUGACAUUCUGUCUGGUCGCCUCCCCUGCUCGUUCGUCACUCACGCUCUGCUGGGUUCCUACACCGUGCAAGCUGAGCUCGGAGACUAUGACCAGGAGGAGCACGGCACUGACUAUGUCAGCGAGUUCCGCUUCGCCCCCAAUCAGACGCGCGAGCUGGAGGACAGAGUCAUGGAGCUGCACCGCACCUACAGGGGUAUGACACCUGCUGAGGCAGAAAUGAACUUCCUGGAGAAUGCCAAGAAGCUGUCCAUGUACGGGGUCGACUUACAUCAUGCAAAGGAUUCAGAAGGGAUUGAAAUCAUGCUGGGCGUUUGUGCCAACGGCCUGCUGAUCUACCGCGACCGACUGAGGAUUAACCGCUUCGCCUGGCCCAAGAUCCUGAAGAUCUCGUAUAAGAGGAGCAACUUUUACAUCAAGAUCCGUCCAGGAGAGUAUGAGCAGUUCGAGAGCACCAUCGGGUUCAAGCUGAACAACCACAGAGCUGCGAAAAGACUCUGGAAGGUCUGCAUCGAGCAUCAUACCUUCUUCAGGUUAGUGUCUCCAGAACCUCCUCCUAAAGGUUUCCUCGUUAUGGGCUCUAAGUUUCGGUACAGCGGGCGGACACAGGCCCAGACGAGGCAGGCCAGCUCCCUGAUCGAUCGGCCCGCCCCUCAUUUCGAGCGCUCCACCAGUAAGAGGCACCUCCUCUCCCGCAGUCUGGAUGGAGAGUUCUCCAGGCCGCUGUCCACAAUGAUGGAACCUCAGGAUGCGCUGUCCCAGAGAAGUGAGACGCAGUGUUUCUCAGGAGACGAGGACGGAGAACCUGACCUGAGUCUAGACCAAGAUCAAGACCAAGACCAAGACGAUUCCACUGUCAUCACUCCAACAAGGAAGAAAGACUUUAAGGAGACUCUUGAUGCUAAUCAGGAGUUGGAGAUGGAGUCAACACCUCGACACAAACAGGAGUUUAUGGAUAAAUCAGAAGACAUGCUGCUGAAGCACCAGGCAAGCAUCAACGAGCUGAAGCGAGCCUUGAGGGAACCCAGCAGCAAGCUGAUGAACCGGGAAAAGCGUCUCUCAGCGACCUCACCGGGUGACACGCCCGAGAAGAAGGCUCCACCUGUGGCCAAGAAAGACCCGAAUGCAGUGACUGUGGCGCACAUGUUAAGAAAAGAGUCCAGAGUAGAGUCUCAAUCGAAUGGUUCUGGGGUUCCUCACAACAUUCCAGACAUCCCUGAUCAGCAGCCCGUGCAGGAGGUUGGUGACGGUGGCGUAAACUGUGAAGAGACCAUAGUCUCUGAUAAUGAUGUCAUCCAGCCACAGGAGGGAGAUCCGGUCCAGAAAGAGAGCAGACUAAAGGAAGCGAAAGAGAACGGUUCUCCCAUUAAAACAAUCAGCAUUGGGAAGGAAUUUAUCGUUUCUCCCAUCAGUAAUGAAAAUGUCACUUCCACGACCACUACGCAAGUCACAAAGACGGUUAAAGGUGGAUACUCAGAGACAAGAAUUGAGAAAAGGAUCAUUAUCACAGGAGACGAUGCUGUGGACCAACAGCAGGCUCUUGCGAUGGCAAUACAAGAGGCCAAACAGCAGCAUCCUGACAUGCUCGUGACGAAGGCUGUGGUGGUCAGAGAAACGAACGCUCCGUCUGAGGAGAGACACCGGACCUCUCAGUCCUGAUCACCAACAGGUUCAUGAGAUCAGAGUGAAGAGAGAAGCGUCACCUUUAACCCCACCUACUACAGCCUUCUGCGAGAAGCUAACUGUUGCUACUUAGCGAUAACACAGACAAUUCCUGCAUCUUGAACACACACAGUCUGGCUCCUCCUCCCUUAGACUUGAUGUCAUAACCCCAUCAAUCCAAUGCACUUCUUUCAUAUCAACCGUUCAACCGAUACGCGCGAUGCUUCUUUGUCAUGACACUACUCACCAGUGUGUUCCACCCUGAACUGUAUAAAUGUUGAUAGCAAUCUCCAGUUUAGCCUCUUAAACUGUGAAUAGCAGAAACUCUAAAAACUUUGUGGGGGGGUAAGAGAAAAACCAUAAAGCAUCCAUCUCGUAUGCGCUGUUGUCUGUUUCAUGAGUUUAAAUCUGGACCUUUGCUCUUAAAUCCCUCUAAUUCUUCAUGUUUACUGUGGAAUACUUCUUUUUUUUUUCAUGAAGAUACUUUGUCCUUGACGCAUGGCUUUAGAGAAGCUUCGAGGUCAGGCAUCUCCUGGAGUCACGGUCCCGCUCGCCCUGCUUGAACUCUCUUAUGCGAUGCUCAUCCGCUGUCUCUUAAGCUUUUUUUUUAAUAUAAUAGAUGAUCACAAAGUGUUUGCUUGUUAAUUACAACUGAGCGUAUUUAUCGAUUAUAAACAUACAUAUGCAUGAGUAGCUGGUGUGGAUGGAUAAAGAGUCCGAUCUUUCACGUCCAACUAGCAGCAUUUACAGGGACGUCUGAUAAUAAUAUUAAUCAUGGAUGUAACAAUCGUAAAAUUUCACUCAGAUUCCAUGUUGAUUAAUUAUAGUCCAUUCGCAUCAUGCAUUGCAAAAGAAUAAGUGUUUUGUUUUCAUCGCAUCUGCUUUUGGAGAAUUUGGGCCCUGCAUUAUUUCCAACAUGUCCUACUGUAUCCUUACAACUCCUUCUGAAUAAUGAUAAUAAUAAUAAUAAAUAUAAUAAUAAUAACGACUAUUAUAAUAAUAGCUAUAUAAACCAUAUAUAUGGGUUUUAAGAGAAUUUAGGCUAAAAAAAGAUUUUAAUAUAAAUGUUGUAUCUAAAAAGAAGUUCAUGUGAUGUUUUAUUUUUAUUUGAUAAAAUGUAUGAGUGCAAUUAAAAAAUGUAUUUAUAAGAAUUGUGAAUGUGAGCUUUUGGGUUUCUGACUGUAUCGUUGGCUUUCAGCAUAACGUAGUCUAGUAUGGACAAAGCCUGGGUUAAUAAUGGAGGGUUAGAUGCUCUAAUACUUAAAAUGACUUUAUCAAACUAGAAAUUGAAAUAAUUAUUCAACCCCUCAUAUGAAGAUGGUCUUACGUGUGCAAUCUGUCAAAAGUAUUGUAACAUCUUGACUUUUUUUUUUUUAAUUAAUUUAAAUCAUUCUUAAUUGUAACUGUCUUG